CCCUUCGCAAGGGCGGCGGCGCGAUGACGCGAAGAUGAGCGCGCGGUGCGCAUCGCGGGGCGUGAUGUGCGAAGUUAGGCUACCUAGGCCGUUUCUGGUGACGACACGAUUUGCGCGCUAGCGCCACCUGGCAAGGGGCACAUGGGGGCACAAAAAGAUGCCCGUACCACUACUCCGUGGAUCUCUCUCCAGGGCGCGUUCUGACCAGGACUUCGAGGCGAAUGCAGCCGUGGCGACGAGGGAAGGGCAGCGGUAUCGACGCCUUCUCCUCAUCUGAGCACAGGGGAAGCCGGCUAAUUCCCAGCCAGCGCCGGCGAAAAUCGCCCCAGAGAAUACGAGGUCGAGGAGGCCAUUCGACUCGGGGCGGUGGCCGUCGUGCUGCAGACCAUGCCCGGGGAGUACUACUACCGGGGCGAGAGGGGCAAGAAGUUCGGGAAGCUGCUGCCGAUCCCAACAUUCGCCGUGAGCUCGAGGAGCAUGAAGGAGGUUGUCAACUUCUUGAAGUCGCUCGAGAAGGAGGAGAACCUGACGGCUGGUGACGCCCACCUUCGAAUCGCCACUUACGCCCCCAUCUUCCAGGAGGGGGCCGACAUUGUGCCGAACUACGCAGAGGAGGUCAAGAUUUGGGCGGACGCUGGCGAGGCCGUCUCCUGGUCAAGCACAUUAGACCGGGCUUACGAGAUAAUCAAGACGGUAUCGAUGGAGAAGAUGGACCACAGUAGCUUGGAGCGCGCGAAGUUUAUGGUAUCUCAGGCAGUGCGCACCUCCAUGACCCAGCCGCUGAAGUCCAAGUUCGACCAGAUCGACGCGGACACGGAGGAGGCACUCAUGCAGUGCUACGGGCUCAGCGAGCCGCCGACCACGGCAACGACGACAACCACAACAACGCAGACAAUGACGUUGGAGACAGUUGAGGAAGAGGUCGAGAUCGAAGAUGAGCUCGCAGAGGAGGUUGACCCGCCCGACGACCAUGAGGCAGACGAGACGGGCGCUGGCUCGUGGGUGCAGCUGGGCGGCGGCGGCGACACGGCCUGCAAGAGCGUGUCGGUCAUGAGCUCGGGGCGCCGGAAGGAAUUCGGCGCCGAGGAGCUGAAGAACCGCGUGGAGUUCCGCCUCGGCGGCGCGUCGCUCGAGCUCAACGAGACCGAGGGGAUCCACAUGGUCACGGUCGACCCAGACACGCAGGGCGUGCUCUCCCAGUCGGUCUACACCCGGGGCGGCUGGCUGUUCAAGGGGGCCGUCAACGGUGAGACCGAGCUGGUGCGCGACCUUGGGGACCUGCCGACUGGCACCGUGGUGUUGAUCGCGGUCAAGGGCGACGGAAUGGCGGGCCUCAAGGAGGAGACGGUGCUGGCCCUGAGGAGGGCAGGCGCCAAGGCGGUGAGGAACGCGCGCCCCGAAGAGGGUUACAUCUUCGUGGGCCAGAUCGGGGGCAGGCCCGCCGCAGAGAAGAUCGGUAGGCUGGUCCGGGCCCAGGCUCUGCUCCCUUGCCGGGCGGGCUCGCGCGGGCGCGUGCCGGAGAGGGCGUCGCUCCUGCACGAGGCCUCGAAGUGCUUGCCCGUGAUGUGGGACAAGGUGGCCGUUGGAGGGCCCCCGUUCCCGCAGGUGACGGAUGCCCAGACGGAUUUCCCGAGGGAUGAUUUGCGGGUGGUUGACACGCUCGUCGUGCACCCCAUUUGCAGCCGCUUCGGCGUCGCGCUCAACCACUGGGAGAUGUCGCACGCGCCCUAUCCCAAUCCGAACGAGUGGGCGCCAAGCAUGAAGUUCGACCUCCGUACUGGCUGGAACGCUUUGAAUUGGAAACCCCAGGUGGCUCAGGGAUCACAUGAUGGACUUCUGCCUCCACCCCGACACGGCAGUAUGCACUUCGUACACCGUUUGUUGGGCCUUGCUUACCAGGCACGUCGUGAAGCUGAUCCACGGCGCCUGCGACGAGAACGCGCGCGUGUUCGCGGAGAUGCCCGAGGAAAAUGUGUGAGUGCGGUUGGUCAUGGGCCUUCCUCGCCCUCCUUCUUGUUUUUCCGCGCUCUCUUCCUCCUCCUCUUCCUCCUCCUCCUACCCCCCCUCCUGUCAGCCCCUGCCCGAACAGGCUCCGCGUUCCGUGCUCGCUGUGACGUGCCGUCGGGUUGGACUGGCAGCAGGCGGGCCAGCACCACCACUGCUGGAGAGAGGGCGACCGCUGGCCUCCACCCGCUCGCUGCAGCAGCAUUCGGCAUCAGAGUUGACGUCACAGCUUCGUGACCGCGCGAGGGCGCAACCAAUAGGUCAAGCACAACCACGGCGACACGCCGCCGAAAUGCGUGCGCUUGCGCGAUGGCGCAAUGGCGUGAGAGAAAAGCUCGGGGCCGCUCCGCCUUGGCGCACCCCGCCUGACGCCGGCCUCCACGUCUCUAUGUCUCCAGUGCUACCCGUCGGGGCGCCCUCGUGUGGACUGGGCACGCCCCUUCUCUUCAGGGUGGCCGCGCGGGAGCGCGAGCAUGGUCGCGCUCUGGCACGGCACGGAUCUCAGAUUAUCCUUCCCUUCUUCCCCUGCCUCCCUCGCUCCCUCCUUCGUUCUUUGUUCUGGCUCGGGCAUUGCGAGGACGCCCGCGCUCAGAGAAGUCGACUGAGUAAAUCUGCAUCGGUUCACUCGGCAUUGGUAUUCGAGUCUACUGGUACAGUGCUGUGUCGGUUUCGCUUAUCGACUUGAGUAUCACCAG